CGGCUGCCGCGGCGGCGCUGUGGUCCGCCGGCCACUUCGCCGCCGGCGCCUGGGCGGCGGCGGCGCGUGUGCCCCGCAGCGGCGUCGGCGCCGCGCCGCGCUGGCGCGGCCCGCCCGCGCUGGCGGGCACGCGCGCGGGCCCCGAGAGCGAUGCCGCCGCGCUGCUGCGGCGGCGCGCGCAGGAGAGCAGGUACCCUCUGGUGGCCGACGAGGCGGUCAUGUCGCAGAAGGCGCACGGCACGAGCCCGAAGCCGGUGCAGGAGGAACUGAGGUGGAAGUGCGACCGCGGCACCGCAGACCGCAUAUGCUGCUUCAACCGGCACUACGCCGAGCGAUCAGGCUACUGGCGCUCCACGUCGUUCAUGGACGAGGUCGAUCGCGACGGCGAGACAACCUACUACGACUCGGUGACCGGCAAGGCGCUGUUUGUGGCGCCGCGCGGACGAUCUUUCGAGGAGUUCGUGCAGGAGUCAGACGCUCACGGGUGGCCGUCAUUCCGCGAUGAGGAGGUAGUGUGGAAGAACGUGCGUUGCUUGAGGGACGGCGAGUGCGUCUCUGUUGACGGGACGCACCUUGGGCACAACCUCCCGGACAGGAAGGGCAACCGCUACUGCAUCAAUCUCGUGUCCGUUGCGGGGCGGCCAGAGUGA